CCAAAGGAAAAGCUCAGGAUAACGCAGCAGGCCCUUUUCUUCUCGUCUUCACAAACGUACGUACGGGCCACCCCCAACCCCAGAGGCUGGUUAUCAAAAAAACCCACACACAGGCCGCAGAAUCACGCCGGACACGAGCCCCCCACCGGCACGCACGCUAAAGCCAGCCAGCCAGCCAUGGAGCUGCUGCUCCUCCCAUGCCGCGCCGCCAGCGCGCGGCCGCUGCUCCCAGCCAGCCACGGCGCCUUUCGCCGCGCCGCCGGCGCCACCGCCGCCAGGCCUGCGGCCGCCAGCUCCAGCAACGUCGAGGUCAUCGACGCCACGGCGACGACGACGUCGUCGACGGGCGCCGAGAAGCAGUGGCGCGCGGGCGGGCUCGGGCUGGAGCUGGACCUGUCGGAGGAGAUGCGGCGCGGGAUGAUGUGGCGGAUGCUGGCGCCCCCCGCGGUGGCGGUCGCGGCGGACGCCGCGUUCCUGGGGCUGCUCGAGCGCGCGCAGCCCGGGGACGUGCCGGCGUGGGCUGCCACCGCGGGCUCCGCCGUGCUCUUCGCGGUGGGUCUGCUCGGGGUCCACUACGGGUUCCUGUCGUCGAGGUGGGACGCGGCGGAGACGGGGUCCGUCGUUGGGUGGGACCUCGCCGUGCGGCACUGGAACGUCCUUUCCAUGGCGAAGGAUUCCUCUUCCUCGGUGGACGAGGAGGAAGAGGAUUACGACGAGGAAUACGAAGACGAAGAGGAGUACGAGGAGGAUGAAGACUGAUUGAUCAAGGGGUAAAUCCGUAAAUGUAAUAACAGACCUUGGUUAAUCUAAACGACCUUGUUUAAUCCGUACCGUAGUGCUUAGCUUUUAGAGAGAUAUGAUGGUGAAUAGUAAAGAUUUCAAUUUCACCCUUUGAUUGUAUGCUGGUCCUAUUUUAUCUUGAGGUGGCGUUUGCUGAUGCAAUUGAACCUAUUGUUAUCACUUAUCUGAU